ACUAUGAACAACAAAAUUUUCAGAGCGUGGCAUUUUGAUUGUUCUUGAUACUGUAAAGAUAAGACCCCCCUACCUACAUUGUUGAACUUCAUUUACUUUGUGAGACGACCUUGGUGUUAAGUUCCCGACUUGAUGCCUAUAUAUAACAUCAUUUCAUGACUGUCUGAAUACAGUAAGCUUUCACUAGGGGUGCACUAGUUCUAGGGAAAGAUGGAUGAGGAUCUUAAGUGGCCGGGAGAGGAAAAUGAUGAUGUUCCUGUUGCUGAAAACUUUAACUCACAACUGCCACAUAUGGAUGUUCCUUUCAGGGGGAUGACCGUGACCUCGGGGACAGCCACCCUGAAGAAGGACGCCCAGAACCUCAUAGGUAUCAGCAUAGGAGGUGGGGCCCCGGUCUGCCCCUGCCUGUAUGUGGUCCAGAUAUUUGACAACACCCCAGCGGCCAAGGACGGCACCCUGGCUUCUGGGGAUGAAAUUGUGGGGGUCAAUGGACAGUCUGUGAAGGGAAGGACCAAAGUGGAGGUGGCAAGAAUGAUACAGAGCAUUCAGGAGGAGGUCACAAUCAGUUACAAUAAAUUACAUGCUGAUCCUAAACAGGGGAAGACCUUAGACAUAGUGUUGAAGAAGGUGAAGCACAAAGUUGUGGAAAGCAUGAGCUCCAGCACAGCUGAUGCACUGGGACUAAGCAGAGCCAUCCUCUGCAAUGAUGGUCUGGUGAAGAAGCUUGAAGAGUUAGAGAGAACAGCAGGGAUGUACAAAGGAAUGAUGGAACACACAAAGAAGUUACUCCGAGCCUUUUUUAACCUGGCUCAAACUCACAAAGCUUUUGGAGAAACAUUUGCAGGCAUCGGCGUCAGAGAACCCCAGCCUAAUGCUAGUGAAGCAUUUUCUAAGUUUGGAGAAGCCCACAGGGAUAUAGAAAAAUAUGCCAUUAAAAUGUUAAGAACAGUGAAGCCGAUGGUAGCAGAUCUGAAUACGUAUUUGAACAAAGCAGUACCAGACACCAGGUUGACUUUAAAGAAAUACCUAGAUGCAAAGUUUGAGUAUUUGUCAUACUGCUUGAAAGUCAAAGAGAUGGAUGAUGAGGAAUAUGCCUAUAAUGCCCUGGGUGAACCUCUGUACAGAGUGGAGACAGGGAAUUAUGAAUACAGGUUAAUCCUGCGCUGCAGACAGGAGGCUAGGGCCAGGUUUGCCAAAAUGAGGUCAGAUGUGCUGGUCAAGAUAGAGCUGCUGGAUCAGAAACAUGUUCAAGACAUAGUCUUUCAGCUCCAACGUUUAGUCACAGCCAUGUCCAAGUAUCACAAUGACUGUCAAGUUGUGUUAAAAGAAGCAGAUGUGUUCCCAAUAGAAGUGGACUUGGCCAGAAGCACUUUCACAUAUGACACUAGUAACCAGUUUAAUGACAAUGAGGAGGAUGAAGAGGAGGAAGAAGAAGGCACAGAUACAGCUAGAAAUCAAACAGGAGCUUUCAGUGGAGAUCUCAUCAGUACUGAUUAGAUAGGGUCUUCUUGAAAAGAUGUAGAUGUACAGGAUAAAAGUUGGUUUUCUAUUUUUCUUUGUUUUCAUAGUAUUCCCAGAGCUUUAUUUCAUUUAAUGCAUUUAUGUCAGAAGUGGCAUUUGAUCAGUUUUGACUGAACUUCAAUUACUGAAUCUUUUAACUAAAGUUUUGUUUAGAAAGAUAACUAUGUUAUUGAAUAUUAAAGCUACGGGUUGUUAUGAACUUCUUGUAAUGUCUUUAUUUUCUAUUUUUUUCUGUUUUAUGAAGUCAUAGACUAAGAUGUCUUUGUGUUUUGUUUUUCAAAAGACAUAAGGUGAAGGUAUUUUUUUCAUUCUUAGCCUUGUUAAGACUGUAACUCAUUCCAUUGUUUGCUAAACAACAUCUAAGAUUAUAGAAGCUGGUAGCCACAUCAUAACAUUGGCAUUCCUGAUUGAAGCA